UGUGCUGCAGGACUGAGCCAUGAGGAGGCCGACGUGCUGGAGUGUCUCUACUACAACGUCAACUUCGAGAUCGAGAAGACCAAUCAGAGCGGAGUGGAGCGCUGCGAGGGCGAGAAGGACAAGCGCUCGCACUGCUACGCCUCCUGGAGGAACAACUCGGGAUCCAUCGAGCCAGUGAAGAAGGGCUGCUGGCUGGACGACUUCAACUGCUACGACCGACAGGAGUGUGUGGCGACGGAGGAGAGUCCGCAGGUUUUCUUCUGCUGCUGUGAAGGAAACUUCUGUAACGAGAAGUUCACACACCUGCCCGACGCCAUCGGACCACUGAUCAAAGCCCCGCCCUCCAGCGUUGGCGUGUUAAACGUGAUGAUUUACUGCCUCCUGCCUGUCGCCAUGUUGUCUGUCGCUCUGCUCACCGCUGUCUGGAUGUACCGACAUCGCAAACCUCCGUACGGACACGUGGACA